AUGGAAGCCUCGCGAGAGGAGCGGCAGCUAAUGCGGCAGCGCGGAGCUGCGACGCGCAAAGCAAGAGAGGUCAAUUUUGGGUUCUCAUUUGGUAGCCCAUCGCUCGGAUUAUCAGCGACUGCACCACUUGCGACUGUCCCUGAAGCUCAGAAUCCACCGCGAACACAGACCACGCCGGACACAACACCACUACCGUCAAAAGUAUCGCAACCAAGAUCGCAAGCCCCGGCAAUUGAGCGCACACCGGGAAGUGCGCGCAACAAGCUCCCAGAAAGGCCCUCGGCAUAUGACGUACCCUCCUCGGACGAUAGACCUGAACAAACGCGAAGUAACAAGAGGAGAAAGAUCAGUUCUACUAACGGAUCAGAAGGUACUCCUUCUCGUUCGAAUAGCGGGCGACCUAGGAAUGGCGAUGUACAGUCUGUUGAUCACAAUGGUAGCACAGAGUCUCAAACAAGCCACAUCCAGGAACAUCCAGAUACAGAUACACCUCCUCCAUCGGAGAUUCCCAAGGAGGUUUCUCCACAGCCUCUCGUCUUACCCAUUCCGGAGACCUUAGUCGAAGCUCAACCCCCGAUAGAAGAGCAACUAGCCCAAGGCACAACUUCAGUGUCUAGCCCUACGGCGCCUGCAGUAGCUGCAGAAUCACAAGCGCCACUUUCAUCGCCUAAAGGCCAGGCCGAGCAGCCUGAAAACAUAGAGCAACUACGCGAGAAACGACAUAGCACACCACGGGUCGAGGAACGAAUCGAAAUAAUCAAGACGAAUCAACAGGCUACCCCAGAAACUGCUUCUCCAAUUGUUCAGACAGAUCAAUCUGCAACAAAGGCCUUAUCACCGCGUGGUAGCCCCGCCGAGGCUCUUGAAGCCAUCCCUGCACCGACUAUUGAGGGUGAUGUUGACAUGACUGAGCAUGUUUCACCACCCAAAGAUAAUGUACCAGAGGAAGACAGCCAGACGUCUCAAUUGUCUUCUACGGAGAUGAAACAGGCUCAGCAGCAUCAAUCCACCGCGAAUAAGACUCCGGAACUGCACGUUGAAGCCUCUGUGCAGGAGCCAGCAACCGAGACCCAGGAUGAGCCCGCGGUAGCCCAAUUUGAGGGAGCCCCAAAGGCUAAACGGCCUCGUGGAAGACCCUUGCUCAACAAGAAGACCAUUGAAGCGGUCGAGACUGAGAAGAUCUCACCUGGACCUAUACCAGAUGUCACGGAGUCCUCUUCGGGGCCGGGCCGCAAACCAACAUCACAAAAGGAUGACCAGUCGGAAACUGUAGUGGAACCUGCUGUGCCCAAGCCACCACGUGGUAGACCUGGGAAGAAAGCGAAGCACGCAGUGGAGCCUGAACCAGAGCCUGAGCCUGUGGCAGCAGACCAGCCAGAGGCGGGGCCAGAAUCUGUGGUACCUAAGUCUCGUGGCAGACCCGGGAAAAAGACCAAAAACAUAGCCGAACCUGAGCCCGAGCCCGAGAUAGAAAAUCAGCCAGAGGCAGAGGCAGAAUCUGUGCUGCCCAAGCCUCGUGGCAGACCCAGGAAAAAGACCAAACUAGCCGAACCUGAGCCCGAGCCCGAGACAGAAAAUCAGCCCGAGCACGAAGCGGAAUCCGCAGUAUCCAAGCCCCAACGUGGCAGGCCUGGAAAGAAGGCCAAUCGUGCAACGGAGCCGGAGCUUGAACCUGCCACAGAAGAGCAGCCCGAGCCCGAAAUGGAAUCUGCAGUACCUAAGACUCAACGUGGUAGGCCCGGAAAGAAGGCCAAUCGCGCGAUGGAGCCUGAGCCCGAGCGUGUCGCAGAAGACCAGCCGGAGCCUGAAGCAGAAGCGGAAUCUGCAGCACCCAAGUCACAGCGCAGGAGACCUGCAGAGAAGGCUAAGCUCGUAGUAGAGCCCGAACCUGAACCCGAGACAGAAUACCAACCUGAGCCUGAGCCUACACAAGAACAGCCUCGUCGCAAGACUCGAGCGCCUCGUGGAGAAACAGUCCCGGUCACCGUUUACCGUCUCGCCAAUGUCAAUUCUCUAGGUGGCGCAACAUCUACGGCCGACGGGUCUGGAGAUGAAGAAGAAUCCGCCGAUGAACUCACCACGCAUCAGAAGGCCAAGAUGCCCAACCGCGGCGGUGUCAACCCGGCCGAUGUAUUGAGCCAGAUCUGCCGCGAGACUCUAGAGAAAACACUAAAUACACUCAAGGAUGGGAUUGCGAACGAACAAAAUACCACGCGACGUGCGGAGUGGUCGCGCAAGAGAAAAGCCGUCGAAGUAUUUGGCUCGGAGCUUGAGAGCCGCCUCAUGGACCUAAGCGGGAUACUCGAUAGCAAUUUUGUGCUUGGUGUGCAAUUGAAGAAGACUAAGCGGGAGAUGAUGGAUCUACGGAGUCAUCUAUACCGGGUCCGCCGAGAACGCGAGAACAUAGCUUUGCAGAUGGAUGCGGUGCGCAGCAGACACAUUGAGCAGGAGAAAGCCAACUCGUCACGAUCCACGAUUAGCAAUUCCCUUCACAGCCUUGAAUUGGCCCUCGACCGCAACAAGCAACGUUCCGCUUCAACUGCGGAUUCUUCUACAGAUCUCGAAUACAUGCUCCGCACCGUCGCCGACGUGAGUUCCCGGGCCCGUGGAGCACAAGGCGGUCUCUUAAACCAAAUUCGGGCAUUCAACGCACAGCUCGAAGCCACCGUUGAUCGCCUGGAGCGAUGA